CGAGAUUUCCCCCAAAGUCUCGCGGUAAUGGUUGGUUGCUGUGGUAACGUCAAAAGAAGUGUACUGCUCGCUAGCUAGCUUGCUUGCUACAACAAAAUACAAAACAAUCAAUUCACAGUCAAGUCAUAUUGAGCGGUUUGACACCUAUACAAAACACGAGGAUUUUGUGGAGAGGAGAGAAACCAGUGUGAAGAGAUGGCGAGCCAGAGGCCACCGUCAGGGAGACCGAUGAGUCGGGGGUCUCUUGUACCAGGGAGUGGUAGACCUCCACCCACAGCCGUUAGGGUCGGAACUGGGAUUGUUCCGGGUACUGGGCGUCCUGGAACCAGAGGAGGAGCCCUAGGGACCCCUGGUGUUCUCUCUGCUCAAAUUAAAGUGGCCGACCGGCCAGUCACCCAGCAGGGCCUGAGCGGCAUGAAGACUGGCAUGAAGGGACCUCAGAGGCAGAUUCUGGAUAAAUCCUACUACCUUGGCCUUCUCAGGAGUAAGAUCAACGAACUGACAACGGAGACCAGCAAACUGCAGAAGGAGAUUGACACCUUCAAUCAGGAGAACUCUGUUUACCUCUCCUAUGAGAAAAGAGCAGAAGGACUUGCUGGUGAACUGAAAGAUCUACAGGGACAACUGGCAGAUUACAACAUGCUCGUUGACAAGUUGAACACCAACACUGAGAUGGAGGAAGUGAUAAAUGACUUCAAUAUGUUGAAAGCACAGAACGACCGAGAGGCUCAAAGUAUGGAUGUCAUAUUCACAGAAAGACGAGAGAAGGAGGAGAUGAUCCGUGCGGUGGAGGAGGAGAUGGAGAGGGAGAAGCAGGCCGCUGAUGACAUCAUCAAAAAGAUGUCUCCAGAGAAACAGGACCAGUACGCUGCCAUGAAGGCCAGCAACGACGAGCUGCUACAGGAGCUGGAUGGUCGUCAGGAAGAGCUGGACACCCUCAUAACACGGAAGGAGACGUUUGAAGCAGAGCUGUAUCACUCCCAGGUGAAACGGGAAGCUGUGUUACUACACGAGAAGCUUCAGGAGCUGGAGCUGAAGAGAGACGCCAUGUUGGCAGAGGACAAGAGCAUGGGAUCGCCCCAGGAGGAGAGGGACAGGCUGUUUAAACAGGUCAAAGAAGACAACCAGGAAACAGCAAGCAUGGAAAGACAGUUGACUGAGAUGCGUGAGAAGAUGAGCCUGAUCAACGAGGAGAUCCGACAGCUUGACAAUAACAUGGAGGAACACCAGGACGGUGAACGAAACCAGAAGUACAAAGAACUAAAGAAGAGAGAUGAGACUAUGGACAGUUUUCUGGAUUCAUUUGAUGAGACUAAAGCUACAGAGGUGGAGAAAAACCGUCAGACACAGGCCAUCAUCGUAGCUCUACUGGAACACUCCAGCAGAAACAUGAACCGGAUGCGCCAGAUCUCGUCGGUGACGGCCAGUGAGCUCAAGUCCAUGCAGGAAGACCUGAGCUUCAAGGAGACGGAGAUGCACAAGUCCCAGAACACAGCCAAGGGUCUGUCUUCAGAGAACCACCGUCUGACCCUUGACCUGCAGAAGGUAGAGCAGCUGGAGAGUAAGAUCAACACAGAGCUGACCAGCCUGAAGGACAGGAUAGAGACCAUGACUCAGGAGCUGGAGACGUACAGCAACCUGGACAUUUUAAAGGCUGCUGGAGAGGACAAGAAGAAGAGGCUGCAGGAGGACAGAGUAUCCCUGGCCCAGAGGAGAGACAGCUUUCACAAGGUCAUGCAGAAGAUGAAUGAGGUGUAUGAAGCUCUGAAAACACAGCUACAGGACAAUGAGACACAUGCUCAGCUGACCAAUCUGGAGAGGAAGUGGCAACAUCACGAGCAGAACAACUUCGUCAUGAAAGAGUUCAUCGCCUCUAAGGGUAUGGAGAGCGACUACCGUCCGGUGGUGAAGACUGUCUCCAAGCAGCUGGCAGAGUACAACAAGAUCCUCAUAGACACCCUACAGGGAACCAAGAUCUAGGAACUGACUCGGGAACAAGGACAGCUUCCUCUCUCUGGAGGCAGUCUCCAUGUCCCAAUUCCUGCAUCAACCCCUCUGUCAUACACUACCAUUCAAUAGUUUGGGGCCACUUAGAAAUGUCCUUAUUUUUUAAAGAAAAGCCUUCUUUUUAUUGUCCAUUAAAAUAACAUCAAAUUGAUCAGAAAUACAGUUAGAC